CCCGAUGUGAGCCAGUAUCCAUCCACUAUCACACACUCCCCCCAAUCCAACCUAGGUCUGCGCGGUUCCUUUCUCGGUUUGGGCAGCAAUGAGGGCAGCACACGGCAACGCCGGCAAUUUCGCUACGUGAUCCAUCUCAUGUCCCCCGACUUCUCCGCACUUGCCCGCACUUGCCCGCACUUGGGCAUAUCCAUUUCCGCCUUCUGCUGACUCGCCUCAUUCGGUAAUCUUGCCCCUUCCUGGGUCCAGUCGCGUUUGGCCUCCGGGCCUGUCCCCUGGUGUCCAACCCACUCCUCGCGCCCCCAGCAUCAAAUGAGCCUCACAAAUCCUCCCUCCACAGCUACCGGCCCGGGGUCGGUCUCCGCUGCCCGAACACAAACGUUGAAGAGGAGCGUGCAGGCUGCGUUUGAAGACCCGACGGGCCGUGGGACCGGAUCCAUGGGCUACCAGAGCAAGGUCCGGGUGACAGACAGGUACAAGGUCAUCGGCUUCAUUAGCAGCGGCACCUAUGGCCGCGUCUACAAGGCCCUCGGCCGCCACGGCCAGCCGGGCGAGUUCGCCAUCAAGAAGUUCAAGCCCGAUAAGGAAGGGGAGCAAGCGUCGUACACGGGCAUCUCGCAGUCGGCCGUCCGGGAGAUGGCGCUGUGCUCCGAGCUCAACCACGGCAACGUGAUCCGGCUGGUCGAAAUCAUCCUCGAGGACAAGUGCAUCUUCAUGGUCUUUGAGUAUGCGGAGCACGACCUGCUACAGAUCAUCCACCACCACACCCAACAGCCCCGCCAUCCGAUACCCCCGAGCACCAUCAAGAGCAUCAUGUUCCAGCUGCUCAACGGCUGCCAAUACCUCCACACCAACUGGGUGCUGCACCGCGACCUCAAACCGGCCAACAUCAUGGUCACCUCGGGCGGCGAGGUUAAGAUCGGCGAUCUCGGGCUCGCCCGGCUCUCCUACAAACCUCUCCACAGUCUCUACGGCGGCGAUAAGGUGGUCGUCACAAUAUGGUACCGCGCCCCCGAGCUGCUCCUCGGCAGCCGGCACUACACACCGGCUAUCGACAUGUGGGCUGUGGGAUGCAUCUUUGCCGAGCUGCUCUCGCUGCGGCCCAUCUUCAAGGGCGAGGAAGCCAAGAUGGACAGCAAGAAGACGGUGCCGUUCCAGCGAAACCAGAUGCAGAAGAUUGUCGACAUCAUGGGCCUGCCAACCAAGGAGCGCUGGCCGCUGCUGACCAGCACCACCGAGUACAGCCAGCUCUCGACUCUCCAGCCGCCCAUCCACCACGGCGGGCACCACCACGGCCACCACUACCAAUCGCAGCGCCAGGCGGCGGCGGCCAACGCCGCGGUGAGCCACCUCGAGAAGUGGUACUACAACACCAUCAACCAGCAGACGGGCGGGUCCGGGCCGGGGUCGGGCACGAGCCCGCUGGCGAGCCUCGGGGCGGAGGGGUACAAGCUGCUCGCGGGCUUGCUCGAGUACGACCCGGAGCGGCGGCUGACGGCGGCGGCGGCGCUGCAGCACCCCUUCUUCAGCACGGGCGACCCCGUCAGCGCCAACUGCUUCGAGGGCCUCAAGACCGAGUACCCGCACCGCCGCGUCAGCCAGGACGACAACGACAUCCGCACCAGCUCCCUGCCGGGCACCAAGCGCAGCGGCCUGCCGGACGACUCGCUCCGUCCGGGGAAGCGCGUGAAGGAGGGGUAGCAGCGGCGGCAUUGGGUUGGACUCUUAUGGUGUGCCGGGAGUGUUUGCGCGGCGUUUUAAAUUUGGCAUUUGGGCGGCGUGAGACAAGCAAAGGGUGCAUGCUGUUUGGCGUUAGAAAUACAACAACUUGGAUUCUUAAGGUUACGGUCUGGUUCCAACGCUACAGCAUUGAGCGUGUUACGUUGGGAGGGGAUACGAUAGGUAGCCAUCAGGAAGGAGUAGGGGGAGUCAAAUGUUCACAUUAAUGUACCGUAAUCACACACAAAACAAUCACGGGCGCGCGCGCCU